CUGCUUCAAUACCGUUUCAAAAAAAAAAAAAAAAAAUUCCUACAGAUCAGGAUUUCAUCAUAAUUUUUCCCCCGCAAAUGUUUUUUUUUUUUGGAUCCGAAGAUCGUUUUUGAAUGAAAUGCUUCGAUGAUCUAUGUCAAUAUCCCAGUUUAGAGUCAAAGCAAAGUGGCUCAUGUCGUAUGCAAUAAAAUACUAUGUAAACGGCUGCAGACUUCCCACCCUUGAUGAUAUGGAGAUCUUACACAAGAGUGACCACUUUGUAGUCAUCAAUAAGCAAUGUGACAUGGCUAUCAACUCGGAUUCCCCCGAAUCACAUCCAGUGACUGUAGCCGAUCAGUUAAAUCAUAAAUUCCCUCACCUUUCAGAUCCAACAGUCAAGUUUGGCUUUCGCUUCUGCCAUAGGCUGGAUUACUCUACCAGCGGAGUUUUGUGCAUUGCGUUGACUAAAAAUGCGGCAAAGCAUAGCUUUAUUGCCAUGAACUCGAAAAAAGCCGAGAAGUACUACCUAGCUCUAGUGUAUGGACAUGUCCUGGAUGACUGCCUAACAAUCGACAAGUCCAUUGGUACUGACACCAGGCAAGACUAUUCUCACUGCAUGUGUACCUCUGAUAAAGAAUAUUGUUAUCAACCCAGAUGGGCUGUCUCAAAACUUCUAGUCCUCCAGCGAGGAUUUUAUGACAGUAAACCUGCCACAAAGAUCCUUUUGAAGUUGGUGACAGGCAGGCGGCAUCAACUGAGGGUGCAUUGCCAUGAGCUUGGACAUACUAUUAUAGGGGACUACACGUAUAGUGGAAGGAAAGAUGUCGUUCCUUAUCGAAUGUUUUUGCAUGCUUUUAGGCUGCAUUUGCCAGCAGAAAUCGAACAAUUAGACAUUUGUUCUGAAGAUCCUUUUACGGAAUCUGAACCACGUAAUAAAUGGCAGCCCAUAGAAACUGUUAAUAACUUAAACAGGGAUGUGUUUUCUUUGUUAAGUUAAAUAAAGUGUAAUGUACAUUCUUGGUUUUCUAUGCCUUUCUUCGAUCUUGGAAUAA